UACCAAACAUCCAGUAUUGACUUUAUUUUAUGAUUGAUACAAUAAAUCGAAACUUCAUUCACUCUAUAAGAAUUUCGGAAAUUUCUAUAAACAGUUAGUUAGUCUUUGUUAUAACUACCUAACCUACCUAGCUACCUCUAGUUAUACUGGUAUCAGUAUAACUUUUGUCAAACAUCAAGCUUGAAAAAGGGAAACAAUGGACCAAACCCGAGCAGCCAGAAUCACCACCGGAGGACGUCUAUCCCGCCACCCGGGCCUCGCCCUCGCCGCCGUCGCCACGGCCGGCAUCGCCGUAGCCGUCCAGUACCGCCGCUCCGUCCUAUCCCGCAACGAGCGCGCCCAGAAGAACUCCUCCGAGAGCCCGAACUUCUACGUCAGCGUCGACCGGAGCGGCGGCGGCAUCUGAUAAUUCACCUAGGUACCUAUCUACAUAGGUAACCUUUAGCUAUCCUAGCUAGCUACCUACCUUACCAACCCCUCCUCCCCUAGGAAGAGCUUGCUUAGAUAAAGCUGUUUGGAAGAGAGGGAUAUAUAUAUAUACGCUGGAAAAGAGGCAAGAAGAGAUAUAAAUCAUAAAGAAUGACGAAUGAAUACCUAUACAGAGCAAAACAGACCUGCUCUUACCUUUGUAUGAGGCAGGAGAUGUUGUUUGUUAGGGAUAUUUUAGGGGUUUCAUGACACGAUUGGGAUAAGGAUUCAUCUAUCACAACAAUAAGAAAGGGUUGGUUAUACGCCCUGUGCUAUUAAGACGUAUAUAUGUAUGAGGAUAUCAUGAUUUUGGGUAAACGUAACGGCCAGCGUUGUUUUGUU